AUGAGCUUAUGUCUUGUUGUCGGUGGCGCCGAAGACAAGGUAUCCGUCGUGAAUUUUCUUCCACCUCAUUUUAUUGUGUUGGGUUUGGAGAACAUGGAUAUCUGGCUGUCAGGUUUAUUUUAUGGAUCUGGUGGUCCGAUUCAGGUUGAGGGUUUUGUUGACGGAUACAUUGUUGGGAUGACGGUGGCGCUGACUACCGAGUUUACCAGCACCCACGACGGAAUGAUGAGAGUUCAGCAAAUAAUAUCUACUACAGGUGAGAUUCGUUACCACAACAACCACGAGCCAACGCCAUUCUAUCCAAAACCAAUUUACACACACACGGACUCCGAUCGAAUGCUGUACUUUUACGGCUCUGAUUAUCUAUUCAAUUCAUUGCUUUAUCACGCUUAUCAAACCAACAAGCUUUCAAUAAAGAUAAAUGAGGAAAAUCUGUCAGAUAAAUACCGCGGCUUCCUAUCGACAACGUGCCCUGGCAGUGUUGCCGCCAAGGAUUUCGCAUCUUCAAUAUGCGUUGGAAAGCUCAUUCCGAUCAUUGGAGAGACGUAUCCGAACACGACGACAUCAUUUCUUCUAUUACCUCAUGAGCUUCCCGAUUUUCAAUUCAACGGCGAUGCAGGAGCUAUCAAGCUAUCAAGUCGAAUUCUUACGUAUGUCGACGAUCACGGCCAUGAAAAGCAGAUUAUGGUUUCGACUGCUGAAGGCCAAGCUGAUAUUUUGCUGGCUGCUCAAAACGGACGACUUGUUGGAGAUUUGAAAUUGAAUCGAUUAUCGGUGCAUCUCCAUCGUUCCGCUCUCUUGGGGCUGGAUCCAACGUCUAUCGAGCAACUAACACCUUUGGCGAAAACGUUCAUUGGUCCACAACUAAGCCAGGCUUUGAAGAAAGGUGUUCCAUUUCCACUUAAGGAUUCGAUCACUUUCGUUGACCCUCAACUGAGAACUCGUGACGGCUACGUUGAACUCGCCACCGACUUCCAACUCAAUGAAGAUGCAUUAAGAGAAAAAAUUCGGGAGACCUUCACAAACAUCAAUGUUUGA